AUGAAAUUCUUGACUCUAUUCGGAAAAAGCAAAUGUCCUUCCAAGAAAAGUUCAAAUCAUCCAACCUAUUCACCUUCCAUGUCUUCAUUAUCCUCAGAUUCUGAUUCAUCAUCACCACAGACGCCUACCCAGCUUCCAAUGGACCAUACUCGUGGCAUCUUUCGUACGCUCGAACCCGUUUGGUACUUCCAGUCAAACCUCGCUGCUGUCAACCAAUUGAAUCAUGAAUGGUCUCGUUUUGACGAUCAAAGCCAAUACGUUCUUGAAAAUGCCUAUCAUACACAAUCUGACUGUAUCCUCUCUCAAUCAUCUCUUGGUCCUUGUACAGUCGUCUUUAAAUCAACAAUACCCAAAAAGGACAGACGUAGCAUGUUCUCUCUUCCAAUCAAAGAACAUCAUUCUUCCAUGCCUACCCUUCGUACUGUAAGCGCUCCUGCGAUGGGACGUACAUUCAUACUCAACAAACAUAUCCGUCGCACGGUCUCACCUGUGUGGUGGUUUGAACAGGAUCUCCCUGAUGGUUCAAAGGGUAUGUGUCGAUUUGAUGAUAGAAACCAAGUACGCCUUGAAGCCCUCUCAGAAGGACGCACCAGGCUGGUCUUACAGGAUAAUGCAUUCGAAGUGCCAUUUACUGUUGUUUUGGAUGAACCCAAGGAUCGUGAAUUAAAGGAAGAAGUACGUGGAUUUCUCUAUUUCGAGACAGUGUCUACUGCCUUUCAGUUGGCUUAUAAUGCAUUACAAGAUAAAUCACAUCAAGAAUCCUAUCUCUAUGAUGAUCAAUGGGAAACUGGUCUUACCCGUCGUUUCUCUAUCUAA